AUGAUCUCACGAACAGUCUUGGGCGUGCAAGUCGGGCGUCGAAAGCCUGUGUCUGCACCAAAAUCGAAGUCCCCGCAUGUUCAGAAAUCGAGCAAAUCCCAGCCCAUCCAUCAGGUGAAGAUCGGAGAUUUGGGCCUCAGCCGAGGAAUCGCUGUAGACUUCUCGGGGGAGGCCCUGCACCCUCUGGAAGAGCACCUCACCGAGUACGUGGUCACCCGCUGGUAUCGUGCGCCAGAAGUGCUGCUGGCAAGAUCCAAGUAUGGGCCGAAAGUUGACGUUUGGUCCGUUGGCUGCAUUCUCUACGAGAUGUGGACGGCCAAGGCUCUCUUCCCUGGCAAGAACAGCGUGGACCAGUUGACCAAGGUCAUGGGCGUUUUGGGGACACCGACCGAGCAGGAUCAGUGGUGGGUUCCGAAGGAGUCCAGGCCCUUGUUACAUCGAGCCCUGUCUCCGGCACGGCCUCGCGGACUCGGCCCGGCGAAGUGGCCUGGCAUUCCAGCAGAGACGGGUGAGGACUUUCUCCACAAGCUGUUAUGCUUUGACCCUUCGCGACGGCUGUCUGUUGAAAAUGCCUUGCAACACCCUUACUUGGGCGGUUGUACCCAAGAAGCAGAACUCAACAUGGUGAAGGUGGUGGAGCCGCCCGAUGUCAGCUACGAUCAGCAGUUCGAUGGGCUCAGCAAAGGCGGGGAAGCAUCCGCUCUCUCACGGCUGACGCAGAUGCUGCGCAAGGAGGCAAACUAUGCGCGAGUGGUCCGCAAGUCUCCUCGCUCCAUCAGCCGGGAGCCUUCCUCUGCUCGUCUGCGAUAUGGGCAGAAAUCCGAUGAUGUCCGGCCCUUGGCCACGCUCGGGGCCUGCAGUGGGCCAGGUGCUUCAAAGAUCGGAGCGACUUGCAGCAGCCAAGGGAGAGCAAGGCCUGUCCCCCAGAAGGCCUCCACGACAGAACGGCGUCAGCGAUCGAGCACCGGCGGUUACGGCGCCACGCAGAAAGCCCUGGUCGAAGCACCUAGCAGCGUGGAACCCGUUCACCCUGUCGCUGCGGAUGUUCUGGAGCUUCCAGACCACCCAUCAGCCCCAGCUGCCACUGCAUCGGCAGCCACAUCAUCGGCCAACCCAAACAACGCAAGGCUUCAGCGCCGCGCAACAGUGCCUGCAGCAGCGAUUCCCUGCGCUGCAGGGCUCCGGAGCCGUGCUGCAUGGAAGAAAGCUAUCGCUGCGGCUCAGACAGCCAGAGCGGUGGUGGAAGGUGGUGAGGUAUCGACACCAAGAUCGAAAGGCAGCAGCGAGCGUCAGGACAGCGCCCAGAAGACGGUCUGUCCUUUCUCUCGGAGAGACCAGCGUGAGAGCGCUGUCGCAGCCGAGGCCAAGCUAAAGCAGCUAAAGGUCAAGGAUGAGUCGGUCCCUGGUGAAGCGCAAGAGGCUAGGAUUUCGCAGGAGCUGCAGCAGCUUCAGGAUCUGCAGGAUCAGCAAGAAAGGAGGCUGACUCAUGUGCUGGGGAAGUCCCAGCAGCUUUCUGCUGGAUUGGACGCGGAGAGGGGAGAAACUAGGGAGGAGGCGAGGCCAAGGAAGGUGAAGGAUCCGAAGGUCCAGGCCCAGGAAGCGCCCAAGGAUGCGGCUGACUCGCCCUCUCGUGGUUUGCGGGCUGCAGCUGCCUUUGCCAGCGACCGGGCGGCACCAGACCUGGAGCCGAGCCUCUGGGAUCAACUCCUCCAGGAGGCCGAGGAGGCCCAGCAAGGGGCCCAAGGGGCCCAAGGAGCCCAGGCACCGAAGGUCACGGCAGCGAAGCGCCGCUCCUCCCCGAGAAGAAAAGGCCAGCAGCCGCAGCAAAGCGCCCAGUCACAGCGGACCUCAAGGCCACAAAGCGAAGUUGAUGCCACGCUGCCGCGACGCCGCUCGGCCGUUGAGCGGCGGCCCGUCUGCCAUCGCUCAGCUUCACGGGAUACAAGCCGAAACUCUGUGCAGAAGGCCAGUCCGAGGAGCGAGAAAGCGAAAGGCACAGGUGUCCGGCCGAAGACCGACAGUCAGAUGGAGACCCUGCAGGGGGCCGAUGGGGAACCGACCAAAGCCCAACUUCGGGACACGACGCCGGAACAGACUGACACCCCCAAAGUUUGCUGGGCCUCCUCGGAAUCACCCGUGAUCAGCGAGCAAGGUGGUGAGAGACAUGCCGGCCGGAUCGCAGCAAGUGUUCCAGGUCCAAAGAACGACUCUGGCCUUUUGCGCCCUAGAAGUGCGGCGGCAACCGACGCAGAGAAGAAGCAGCCUCCACCGGCAGCGAUCGAGGAGGUUGCGCUGAGCGAUAGCCCUCUCCACAGGAGCAUCUGCGAGAUGCCAUCGCUCCGGCCGAAGCCCAGCGUGCAGAGUCAGAGGGAUGGCGGCGGGUCGGCGGGGACGUUUCGAUUUCCUCGGGAGGUCAAGGCUCUGCAGACGAUUUGCUUACAGAGGAGGGGUGCCGUGUUGCGGCUGAAGGAUUCCUUGAAGAAGGUCGAUCCCGAACCCUCCUUGGCACGCCUCUCGGCGGUGCAAGCAGCGUCCGCGACCCUGCGGAAGCAGCUGCAAAGUGGGGGCAGAGCCGAAGUUGAAGGGAACACCGCCAGGACCGGCGAGGUCGCGGGCGGUUCUCUGUGCGACUGCAAAGAAGCCGCGGAAGGACAUGCGCACGGCUCAGGCGAAGCGCCUGAGACAGAGCUGUGCAGCAGCCCAGUGCAGCGGACGGCAGCCGCAUGGAGGGUCGAGGCUUCGAGACUAAGCCUCGCCCUGACUGAACGGCGCCGACUCAACGAGUGUCUCAAGCUCGAGGUGCAGACCUUGGAGAGUGCCUUCCAGUCCUUGAUCCAGCUCGGCGACCACCAGGUGGCAGACCUCUCCUGUGUUCAGGAGCGGAAUGCAACACUGUCGCAAGAGCACGAGCAGUCGAGCCUGGAGUGCCGGGAGCAUCACCGUGACUACUGGCAAGAGCAGGCACCGUUUCAGGGGUCGGACAUGGACGACGUGGACGGGUUGCAGCUACGUGCGGCUGGCCUCCACAAGGAGCUGAGCAAGUUGGAGGCCAGGCUCCUGGAUGCGCGAAGUGCUGCCGACAGCGCGGCCCAGGACGCUUUGGGUGCCGCACGUGGCGUUCUCAACAAGAGCAUCGAGGCUGCGUUGCAGUCGCCCAGUGAGGGAUCCCCUCCAGUCUCCAAGGAGGCCAAGGAGGCUGGUGAGGCUCAGCCCCAGCCCGCCUUUGACGAGCCCGAAGGCGAAUUAGCUGCGGGCGACGAGGACGCCAACAGCGACCUCGGGAGCUUCGAUGAGCUGCCGGAAGCGGAAGCGGAGGAAGCGGAGGGAGCGGAGGAAGCCGAGGGGGUGCGCGCGGAGAGCGAUGGCAUCCGCGACGGGCAUGGCGAGCAUGGCCAUGGCACCGGCAAGGAGGCAGAGGCGGAUUCUCUCGGUGCUCCGGUGCUGGGGUCGUCCCGUACAGUGGCAAUCCGUGAGCAAGCACAGCCCGCAACGUCGGACAAGGAACUGGGCUUGGACAUUGGCCAUGCAAUCAAGAGCAUGUCGAGGCACAUCGAACGGUUUGAACGUGCCAGCAGAACAGCCCGAAUCGCACCUCCUCCAUCAAGCCCCGAUGCAGCCGUCCACUCUAGUGGGGCAACUACAGGCUCCCUUCGGCAGACGGCUGCAGGGUCGGAGCCCGCAAGGAUCCUGGAAGAGACGGUGAAAGAAAAUCGUACGCUCCAGCUUCAAAUCGAACAUUGCCGAGAGAGGUUGCGGCAGAGGUUUCUGCAGCAGGAGAUUGCCCAGCACCGACUGAAGGCUCAGCUCCAAAGUGCUCGGCCGGCGGCUGGCGGCCGCCACGCGCCGGCCGCUGGAUCUUGCAACUUGGGGGAUGAUGAGUUAGACUUCGCGACAGCGGCUCCGGUGGCUUUCUUCCAGGAGUUAGCCGCCUUUGACCGUGCAGCACCGAUGAUCAAGCCUGCAAGCUUGCUGGCCCGGCAGACGGACACCAGGCAAGCACAGCAUAGCACUGCAGUAACAGACUCUGGUGGUGACAAGGAAGCUGAGAUGACUAGGAUCGUUGGACAGUUGGUCACCCAUGAUUGCUCAUUCCAUCAUAAACCCCUGAUCGUUCCAUUUAUGGCUCUUCCGGUGGCUGUUGUUACUGGCGCGAACUCUGGCUUGGGGAUGGCGCUGAGUGUGAAGUUGGCGCGGAACCACUUGGUCUUUGCGGGAAUGCGCAGCUUAGCAAAGAAGGAUUCCUUGCUCCAGGCCGCGACGAAGGCCGAGGUUUCGGGCAACGUCCGUGCAAUCGAAGUGGACGUAAACACGGACGCUUCCGUGGAGAACGGGCUUGUCCCUGCAUUGAAGGAAGCUGGUCGUGUCGACGUGCUGGUGAACAAUGCUGGUUACAGCCAGGCAGGCAGUGUUGAGAUGCUGGCCAUGGAGGCAAUGAAGGCUCAAAUGGAGACAAACCUUUAUGGCGUUAUCAGAUGUCAGAAAGCCGUGCUUCCCUUCAUGCGCCAGCAGAAGGCGGGCAAGAUCAUCAACAUCUCGUCAGUCGGGGGUAUUUGGGGUCAGCCUUUCAACGACAUCUACUGUGCGUCGAAGUUUGCUCUCGAAGGCCUGACAGAAAGCCAGGCAGCACUGUUUCGUACUUUCGGUGUACAUGUCUCCUGCGUGGAACCCGGUGCGAUCAAGUCUGCUUUCUGGGCCAAUGCACAAAUGCCAGAUACCAGUGUUAUGCCAGCAGAGUACCAGAAGCCACUGCAGUCGACCAUGGGGGCAUAUGGCAAGUCCUCAAGUGUUGGACAGACGCCUGAUGAGGUCGCAGAUGUGAUCAUCGAGCAGAUUAUUAGCGCGGCAAGCCCUCCGGUCCGUGUCCAGACGAACCCCAGUAUCCAGAAAGUUUUCGAGCAGCAGCUGGGGCAAAACAUCUCGGGAGAAGUCUGGUCCAAGCUUUUCAAGAUUUCCUUGUCCAGUGUUCCGACUUCCUUCGCCGAGCUUCGCUCCCUGAUCGUUGACAGCGCCUGGGCACAGCCCGCUACCGAGUACGUCGGCUUCCUCGAAGAGGUAAAGGCGAUUUCCUGGCCUCCAAGGGGAGGGGCGCAGACCCACCAAGAAACCCUUGCAGACCAGAAGUGUCCAGGCAUCUCCAUAUCAUCUGCCAGGUUGGUGGGCUUGACAGCUAUGCUGGCAUUCUCCGGGCUGCGGAAUGCCCUCGUUAUCUGCAUCGCCGCGGUGCUCGUCAGCCUUAGUGCUGCACAGACCGAUGUCGUCACUCCCUGGGUAGACGUCUGUACAUCAGAGGACUUCUCAGCAGAGGACCGCGAAGAGCUGUGCCCCGCAACCUUCGUGGUGUCGACGCUGGCCUACAACCCGCUUUAUCCAGGGAGCCUUGCCAACAUCACCAUUAUACUGCAACCUUCCAGAGAUCUGCCGAGCAGCAUCCAGCGGACGCAGUACAUCGACUUCAACCUUGUUGGCUUCGAAGCCGUCGGAACGCAGAACACUGCGAACGCCCUGAUUCGAGACCUCGAGAUCACUGCUGGCAACACAGUUCCUUUGGGAGUGGAUCCGCUGUUUGGCUACAACACGGAGCAGAAUCCGCUUUUUACCACCCCCGCGCUGUACAAUCUCAACUCUAGGCUCCUGAGACUAACAGUGCGGACUGGGCAAUCGUUGCUGGCCGGCACCGACACAGAGGUGACGAUUUGCUGCAUGAGGCUUCCCACAUCCUCUCCGCAGGAUUUUUCCGGCUAUACGAUCUCGGGCCCGACGUCCUUAGAUACACUGACUUCUAUCAACGAGGAGCCGAUCCUGAACUCGCCGGAAAUCGACCCUGGCCUUCAGUGGGAGUUCCUCCGAGUUGCCUUUGCUCCGCCAGUUUCCUCUUCCCUCACCAUCAUUCACCUCACCAUUCGGCCUGCCAACCCACUGACCGAUCGUGCUCGCAUCAUUCUGUCUAUGCCCCUCGUGCAGCGAGAGAACAAUGUGAGCGGCGAGGUGAACUUCAACACGGCAAACAGCCUGGAUGGGGCUGAUUGGAUGUUCUUCGAAAGCAGGGCGUUGUGGGACGCCAUGGAGGGGAAGCUGACCUUCUUCAUCAGAGAGGGCAGGGUGCUCGACCGUCAGGUCACAUUGUCAACAGAGCCCGAUGAGUUUCGGCUUCCAAUCGAACUCGAAGCUGACAGUCCCACUCUCGAGGUCUCCGCGAGAUCCUUCGAUAACAUCGAUGAGGUAGUACGGGAGACCCCUGUCACUCAAUCAAGUGCGGUGCCCCACGUGCGCAACUUCACCUUCAGCCGGCUCAUGUACAGCAACAACAUGCCCAACCAAAUGAGCAGCGUCAUGUUCCACUUCUCUACCAACCGGCCUCUCUUUGCCGGAUCAGUUGUCUAUCUGCGCCUCUCGGGCUUCACCUCACAGCGAGUGCAGGUGCCCGUGAAAGGGACCACAAAGGCGAACUUCAGGGAAGAGAGUGCAGUUUUCAACAUCCCGGAGAACGAAAUCGAGCUCCAUGUGGUCAGGACCCUGUACUCGGAUGAGUAUCUGGUGCAGGUCGAGCUCACAGAACUGAUUCUCCCGCCAGCCCUCUACGCGAACGACACUUCUCUGCUUGUCUGGAAUUCAGAUCCAGGGGCUCCGCGGCAGCCCGUGGACGACUCUCCAAUGGUCGGUAUGGGUGACAAGACCUUCAGGCGAUCCCAGCUGGCCUUCGACCCGGCAGAGCCCAGGUUGGCUGCAAACGUCAGCUUCACCCUGGAGCCGACCAUCGUCUUCUACCAAGGUGACAGCAUCGUCAUUCACAUGUACGGAUUUGCGCCGGGAGCUGAGAGAUCUUCUUUUGGAGGCGCCGAUGCGUUUCGAAUUGAGAACCAGGCGGCCUCAUGGACUCAGGAGGACAGCAUGCUGGUGUUCACGGUGGCGGAGAAUGAGAUCAUCAGCAACGCCAUGCCCUUCCGGGUGUCCAUCGGCCGGGACAGCGUUUUCCGCCUGCCGGACAAGCUCAGUGAGAAUGACGGCAUCCUACGCAUCGAAGGCAAGGGUGCGCUGAUCGACCUCGAGCCCAUCAAAAAGAUCCCGAAAGUGGGAACGGAUAAGUUCGUCAUCGAAUCCAUCGUCGAGUUUGAGCCGGAGGACUCGUCAAUCAAUGCUUUCACGAGAAUCAGCUUCUCGCUAGUCUUGAACACGGACGUCCUCCCGAAUUCGACGAUGUACAUCAAGCUUGGUGGGCUUGUACGAGAUCCUGGGCGAACGAACUUGAUCGGUGUUCAGGGCGCUGCGCGCUCCGGCACGGUGAAGAUCUCCGGAGCUAACGGGCCACUUUUCCGAAACGAGGAAGGAUACUGGGACCAGGACAUGGUCCUGUUGACGGUGCAGAUGGUCUCCACAGUGCAGAUCUUUGCGGGUGAGCGUGUUCGCUUCUUUAUCGAACGCGAUCAGGACUUCAAGCUGCCGUACUCGGCAUACCAGAGCGAUCCGUCUUUUCGAUUGGCAGUGCCAGAGGCUGGCAUUCCGGAGCGGCCAUUUCAGUUCUCCACGCGCGUGAGCCAAGAAGGCAAGCUGUUCAUCGUGUCAGAGAUCUACUACGGAUCUCGAGGAGCGGUGGCAUACCCAAACACCGUGGUGGAAUUUAACUUCUGGUUCCGGCCAAAUGUCAACCUUCCUGCUGGGACCACGGUGCGAUUGAAGCUUCCUGGCUUCACCUGCCCCUUUACGGAUGUCCCGAUUGGAACACAGGAGGUGCCCGUGUCCAACGCUUACGACCUAAGUGACUUCAUCCGUACGGGCAUUUGGGAUCAGCUGGCAGAGACCUUCGACCUCGUGGUGCCCAUCGGACAGCAGAUCUAUCGCCAGCAGCCAACGGUCUUGCGGAUCAUGGAGUCCAGUGGUUUCCGACUGCCGGCCACGCCACUUCUGCCGAACGACCCAUCCCUCACCAUUCGAGCAAUUGGGAAUGUGGUGAUCUUCGAGGAGCCCAUCAAGACGUCUCCUCGAGUAGUCGAUCGAUCGUUCAUGGUGUCGGAGUUCAUCUAUGCGCCGCCGCAGCAAGACAGCAUCUUUCAGCUGAAGAUGAUCCUGCAGCCUACGGUGAACAUCACCGAGGACAACGACAUCAUCAUCUUCUUGCCUGGGUUCCGAAACUCUUUGGCCAAAGUGAACAUCCACAUCAUGGGUGAGGACCGGUUCCGCAUCGAUAACUCGAUGGGCUACUGGAAUGAGACGACCGCAAGGUUGAGGUUAUCGGUGCCGCUCAGAGAGGUAAUCCCUGCCUUCACGAUGAUGGACCUGCGCAUCGAAGAGAGCCAGGGCUUCCUUCUGCCAGCCGCCCUGAACGCAAACGAUACCUCGCUUACGAUCCAGUCCGUCAACAACAUCCAGGAAGAGCCCAUCAAGACAUCUCCCAUGGUGGGCAAUGGGCCUUUCGCAGGACACAUGUUCUGCAUGUACCAGUACGAGGUUGGCACCCGAAGCCCCUCGCCAAUCUGCGCGACAGCUUUGGACUGCAACCCGCCACUGACGGACCCCUGCAAUCCACAGGAGCUCUUGAGGUGCGGAUGUGAUGCCAGGGUCGACGAGGUCUUUCCAAUGUCGAUUCUGGGUUUCAACCUGCAGCAGGAGGACUCGGUGCACUUCCUCCCCAACCAGCAACGCUGCAGCUUCGACUUGAUAGGCAAUUCAGAUGUAUGCAUGCAUGCAUCUACGUACGUGUGUGUGUACAUAUAUAUGUAUGUAUGUACGUAUGUAUGUAGGUAG